AACAGCAACUACAGGAGCAUGCGAUGUCAUGAUUGCACCUUCCGCUUCAGUGUCACCGUGAGAUAUCAAUGUUCCACCACCGAACCCACCGGCGAAUCCUUGACGGUAAACAGACCUGGAAGUGGUGAAAGUGGCGAGGCGGAAGUGGCGGAGAACGACUAGGUGCAUACUUCGGCGAUGCGCGAUGAUUUUAAUUGCCUGACUUCGCAGAACGUGAGAGAGCAUCAGAUCGUUCACCAGCCGGAAAACACGAAGGAGUUCGGGGAAUCCAUGAAGCAUAACGGCUCCACAGAGUAUUACGGAGAGUACGGAUCUAGCGGCCUGCUGCUUUCUGCCUUGCAUCGCUCUGAUGAAUCAUUUUGGUACAAUGGAGAGACGGUUCACGUUCCAAUACGCUUCUUGAGGGAAGUACUAGAGGCUCAACAACGAUUCAGCCUGAGAUCCGUUCUAAGUGCUGAUAGCUCUCGUUUAGAAGCAGACAGGCUUGUAGGUGAAGACAAAAUUGAUAGCAGUUCUGCGGGUAACUGCGUAUCCUCUCAGCAGACGCAGCUUCAAAGGUCGCUUGAGACUACUCAAGCCGACGCAGCUGCGCUCGGCUUCCGCUAUGGGGGCAGAGACAGGCGAACAUGGCCGAUGGACAGGGAAGGACAGUUGCCGGAAAGGAAGGGUUUAAUACAUGACGAUUUGGCCAUGGCAAGGAUUCCUGCUACCUGGAAGUUUAAUUAG